AAAAAGGAGCAAAUAAUACCGAAUAAGAAACCAUGUUGACAAGGUCCUUAUCAGUGUGCCUCAACAUCUACAACAGAGUUUGCUUAACAAAUUGCAGUGAACUCCUUCUAUCAAAUGCCACAAUUAUUUGCAAGAAUGUACAAACUCGUGAUAAGUCGUACAAACGUUACCUCGAUUACUCAAACGUGCCCACGCUGGAGGAGACCGACCUUGAGGAGCAGUUUGUCCGGGGCAGUGGUCCGGGUGGCCAGGCAACGAACAAGACGAACAAUGCGGUGGUGUUGAAACACAAACCCACGGGCUUCGUCGUCAAGUGCCAUGAGACAAGAAGCAUGUGGGACAACAAGAAACGCGCACGCGAAAUCAUGAUAACAAAACUGGACAAUUUGCUGAACAAGGAGAACUCCAUCGAGGCUCAGAUACGUGCUCUCGAGAAAAAACGACAAGCGAGCAGAGAUUACAAAAAGAAAAAGCUGGCAGAGAUGAAGAAAGCCUUCCGGGAGCGUGAGGGCUUGACGUGACGUAACUUGUUUGUUUUUACACUAAUUUCCGCUAAAAUGUGAAUUAGUUUUAAAGUACAUUGAUAAGAGUCUGAAAUCCAUUGAUGCUAAUCAUGAUCAAUUAAGAAUUUUAAGUAGUAAUUCAAUUGUAAUUGGUUAAUUCGAUUCCAUUUGUCUUAAAUUUCUCUUCAGAAAUAUAAAAGUUCUUUAUUUCAGGAUUAUAUAAUAGUUAAGUGACUGCUUAGCUCAUAAUUUACGUGAUCGUUGUAAAUAAAUAAUCUUUCCUGUAAUAAUA